AAGAAAUUAGUAAAUUGCAGGCAAACUCAUGCUGACUAAUGUUAAUGAAAUUAACUAACUGCUCUGACUUCUGUACUGUAUCUUUCGUAUCUAAUGUUUAAAUAAACAUACUUAAUAUACGCGAAUGUUCAUUCAUACACUACUGUGAAAAGUGCAUGCGUUUGAUCUACAUAUAGCAGAGCAGCAAUUGUUGACGAAGUGGAUGAACAAUAUACAUGCUUCGAAGUAAGAUUUUAGUUCAAGAUCAAGAUCAAGAUGUCCUUUCAAUAUUGUCUGCUGCUAGUUUUUGGUCUGUUUGCCGCUGAAAUUUACUGUCAAGGAUGCAGGCUCAACGCAAACAGAGACAAAUACUUGCCUUUGGUGUUUCACAAUUACACAACGUACUUUCAGUUGGUGGUACCCGAAAUGGGAGAAGUACAUUUAAACACAGGAGAGAGCGUCACUUUGGCUUGCACUGGAAAAAAAAAUUAUUUGACUGAAACUAAUUCAAAUUCAACGUACGCUACGUGUAUAAGUGGAAAUAUAUUGAGGCUUUUCCGGAAAAAAAUAUAUUUUGACGAUUUGCGGUGCAAUAAAGAUAUAAGAGGAGAUAUUAGAAAAACUAGGACAAUAUGUGCUAAUGGUUGGGGUUACAUUACAGAGAUCGGUUAUCAGAUAAAAAACAAUGAUUGGUUUACCUUGAUCGAAGUCUGCUACGAUGACGACAAUGGAGUAACUUUUUAUACUGCGCACAAUUUAUAUGGAAAUGAAAUCAAGUAUUCUGCAAGGAUCACUGAUCGUCCUGGUUUUAGCACGGAUGGGCUAGGACCUGGCAUCGCAGCUUCAUUGGCUUAUACUCAAAAUUUUCAAAAGUCAACUUUCAGUAGUCUGCUAGGUUCAGCGCGGUUUGCCUCGUAUUAUAUAAACAGAAAUUCAUACCUCGCAAGAGGCCAUUUGUCGCCUAUCGCCGAUUUUCUACUCGCAACUUCCAAACGUACAACUUUCUAUUUAAUCAAUACAACUCCACAAUGGCAAGUUAUCAAUGGAGGCAACUGGAAGAGUGUGGAAGCGAGCAUCAGGAAAACUGCAGAAUGGUACAAUCGUACUUUUAGGAUUCUAACAGGCACCUACAGAGUUUUAACUCUUCCCGAUAACAAAGGAAACCUCAAGCCAAUCUACUUGGUAUCUAAAGACAAAUUUCCUGUUCCGCGCGAAAUUUGGAAAAUCGUGUAUGAUCCUGAAACUCAGUUGGGAAUUGCCAUCAUCGUUAUAAAUAAUCCAUUUAUGAAGAAGUUGUUAAAGGAUGAUAUUCUUUGUGAUAAUAUCUGUGACCAGUACGGUUGGGGCACGGUCAACUGGAAUGACGCUAGUCGAGGGUAUACAUACUGCUGUGACUUAAGUAAAUUUAUAGAGGUUGUUCAUACUACUCCUCGUCUGAACGUUAGAGGCGUACUACGUGGAAUAGCUUCUCCGUAAGCUAGCGUAAACGUAAAUGAUGAGGGAAAAGUGAAAUAGAAUAUAUCUUAUUAAUAACUAGAGCGAUCACAAUCGGUCCGCUAGCCAUUGGGGUCGUCUGUCAACCACGCGAACUGCCUAUAGUAAGAUCAUAUUCGAUGCAAAGUAAUAAAUCAUUGUCUGUCAAGGGACCCAGUGCAGUACGGUUUUAAGG